AUGCGAGCGUCCCGCACGCGCUCCCGCACCCCACACAAGCCUCGCCCGGCGCGCUCCAGGGCCCCUAGGAGUGUGCGCCCGGAACACACCGUGCGUGAGCGCCCCUCCCUGCCGCAGCCGAGCGCGCUGCGCCCCCUUCCGCCAACCUGCCGGGGCUGCGUUUCUAACAACGCGGGUGUCCGGGAGACUUGGCGCCCCGGAAGGUGGGAGCAAUCUCCCGCCCUGGGAUGCCUCCUUCCCUUGCCCUCCGCCAUCACCUCGCAGCUGGAUAAAGCGUCCAUCAUCCGACUCACCACCAGCUAUCUGAAGAUGCGCGCCGUCUUUCCCGAAGGUUUAGGAGACGCGUGGGGACAGCCGAGCCGCGCCGGGCCCCUGGACAGCGUCGCCAAGGAGCUGGGAUCGCACUUGCUGCAGACUUUGGAUGGAUUUGUUUUUGUGGUAGCAUCUGAUGGCAAAAUCAUGUAUAUAUCCGAAACAGCUUCUGUACAUUUAGGCUUGUCUCAGGUGGAGCUCACAGGCAACAGCAUUUACGAGUACAUCCAUCCCUCCGACCAUGAUGAGAUGACGGCUGUCCUCACGGCCCACCAGCCUCUUCACCAUCACCUGCUCCAAGAGUAUGAGAUAGAGAGGUCCUUCUUUCUUCGAAUGAAGUGUGUCUUGGCGAAAAGAAAUGCGGGCCUGACGUGCAGUGGAUACAAGGUUAUCCACUGCAGCGGCUACCUGAAGAUCAGGCAGUAUAUGCUGGACAUGUCCCUGUACGACUCCUGUUACCAGAUCGUGGGGCUGGUGGCUGUGGGCCAGUCGCUGCCGCCCAGUGCCAUCACCGAGAUCAAACUGCACAGUAACAUGUUCAUGUUCAGGGCCAGCCUCGACCUGAAGCUCAUAUUCCUGGAUUCCAGGGUGACCGAGCUGACCGGGUACGAGCCGCAGGACUUGAUUGAGAAGACCCUGUACCACCACGUGCACGGCUGCGACGCGUUCCACCUCCGCUAUGCACACCACCUCCUGCUGGUGAAGGGCCAGGUGACCACCAAGUACUACCGGCUGCUGUCCAAGCUGGGCGGCUGGGUGUGGGUGCAGAGCUACGCCACCGUCGUGCACAACAGCCGCUCGUCCCGGCCCCACUGCAUCGUGAGUGUCAAUUAUGUCCUCACGGAUAUUGAAUACAAGGAACUUCAGUUGUCCCUGGACCAGGUGUCCACUUCUAAGUCCCAAGACUCCUGGAGGACCGCCUUGUCUACCUCACAAGAAACUAGGAAAUUAGCUAAACCCAAAAAUACGAAGAUGAAGACAAAGCUGAGAACAAAUCCUUACCCGCCACAGCAAUAUAGCUCGUUCCAAAUGGACAAACUGGAAUGCGGCCAGCUCGGAAACUGGAGAGCCAGUCCCCCGGCAAAUGCUCCGGCUCCCCCAGAACAGCAGCUCCAUUCAGAAAGCAGCGACCUUUUGUAUGCACCAUCCUACAGCCUCCCCUUCUCCUACCAUUACGGACACUUCCCUCUAGACUCUCACGUCUUCGGCAGUAAAAAGCCAAUGUUGCCGGCCAAGUUUGGGCAGCCCCAAGGAUCCCCGUGUGAGGUGGCACGCUUUUUCCUGAGCACGCUGCCAGCCAGUGGUGAAUGCCAGUGGCAUUAUGCCAACCCUCUAGUGCCUAGCAGCCCGUCUCCAGCUAAAAACCUUUCCGAGCCUCCGGUGAACACUGCUCGGCACAGCCUCAUGCCAAACUACGAAGGUGGGUCAUGUCUGCACAUGGGGAGGGGUGGCCUGGGAAUAGCGGGGGGCCAUGGCAGUGGGUGGCAGGUGGAAAAAGAAUCCUCGGGCUUUGGGGAAACGUUUCCUGCUUCUAAGCCCCGGCACCCGAGCCCCGCCGCCGCCACGCCUCCCGGCGCGCCCCUGCCGCACUACCUGGGCGCCUCGGUCAUCAUCACCAACGGCAGGUGA